AUGUCCGCCAGCUGCGCGUCCGUCGCUCACGCUUCGCAAGUCCCCUCUGCGCGCGCCACGCGCACCGUCUCGCUGGGGUCCUUCGCGGGGCUCAAGCGCGUGUCGCCCGCCGCCCCGUCCCCGCUGCACGCCCUGCGCGCCAAGCACCAUGCGCCGGCGGCGGCGGCUCCGCGCAAGUCCAUCCGCGCGUCCACGGGGGCAGCGGCGGGCGGCGGCGGCGGGGCGGGCGCAGUGACGGCGCGCAAGGUGCUGAUGAUGGGCGGCACGCGGUUCAUCGGCGUGUACCUCGCGCGCAUGCUCGUCAAGGCCGGCCACGAGGUGCGCGCGCCGCCCGCCGGAAGGAAGCGGGAGGGUGGGGGGAGAGGGGGGGAAGCAAGGGGACGGGGGCGGGAGUCGGUGGGGCGGGAGGAACGGGAGGGGAUGGGGAGGCUGAAUGUGGCGGUGGGGGAAUUGAUGGUUCGGAUGGAGGAGGAUGAAAUUGGGGGCGAGAGCAGACGAAAAGGGGAGAACCGUUGUAAGCCGCGUGCUCUCAUACGCGCUGCCUCCUUCCCCUCCCGUGCCCCCCGCGCCCCCCGCGGCCUCCUCUACCACCCCGCCCACCGUGGCCCGCAGGUGACGCUGUUCACGCGCGGCAAGUCGCCGGUGACGCAGCAGCUGCCCGGCGAGAGCGACGCGGACUACAGCGAGUACUGCGCGCGCGUGCGCCACCUGGCGGGCGACCGCCGCGACCUCGACGCGCUCAGGGCCGCGCUGCAGGGCGCGGACUUCGACGCCGUGUACGACAUCAACGGUGCGCGCAGGGGGGGGGGGGAGAGGGGGUGGGGAAGGGGGCGGGUCGGGCGUGAGGCGUUCGAGGUGGAGCCCAUCCUCGCCGCCCUGCCCAACCUCAAACAGUACAUCUUCUGUUCGUCCGCGGGGGUGUAUCUCAAGUCCGACGAGCUGCCACAUCGUGAGGAGGACGCGGUGGACGCCAAGUCGCGGCACAAGGGCAAGCUGGAGAGGCGGGCAGUGGAGGACGUGGUGGACCCCAAGUCACGGCACAAGGGCAAGCUGGAGAGCGAGGCGGUGCUGGCGGGCAGCGGAGUGGCGUGGACGUCCAUCCGCCCCGUGUACAUCUACGGCCCGCUCAACUACAACCCCGUCGAGGAGUGGUUCUUCCACCGCCUCCACGCCGGCAGGCCCAUUCCCGUGCCCGGCUCCGGCAUGCAGAUCACCCAGCUGGGCCACGUCAAGCUCAUGCAGGUUGGAGAUGCCGGUUGGUUCUGGUGCAGCGCUGCACAUGUGAUGUGGUCUCGUGCCCGUCCCUCUUUUCCUGCUCCCACGCUGCACUCUCUGCCAGCCCUGGACCUAGCACGGGCGUUCCACCUGGCGCUGGGGUGUGAGGCGGCGUACGGGCAGGUGCUGAACGUGAGUGGGGCGCGCUACGUGACGUUUGACCGCAUUGCCACGGCGUGUGCAGAGGCUAUGGGGGCACCCAAGCCGCUGCUCGUGCACUACAACCCCAAGGACUUCGACUUCGGCAAGAGCAAGGCCUUCCCCCUCCGCAACCAGCACUUUUUCACGGCGAUAGAGAAGGCGGAGCAGGUGCUGGGGUGGCAGCCCGAGUAUGGGCUCGUGGAGGGGCUCCGUGACUCCUACCACCUCGACUUCUCCCGCGGCGUGCACCGCGCUGCACCCAACUUCACCACUGACGACAUGAUCCUGGAGAAGCUGGGGGUGUCCGUCACUGCCACCGCAUGA